UUCACGAAGGUUUUCUAAUCAAGGUAACGGAAACUUCAAUAUUUGAAUAGAUUUGAUUGAGUACAAAAUAUGGCUGAUACGUUUAAAAAUAAGCCAGAAAUAUUUAUUAAAGAGUUUGAAUCUGGAAUCCAAUUGCCUUAUGAACAAAAGAAUACUAUGUUGCGGAAUAAUCGUAUUUUGCCAACUGAGACACAGCAUAACUUCAAUAAAUCCAUAAAUUUAGAUGUAAAAAAUAUGGGAUUAAAAAGGAGAAAAGAAUCUAGUGUUUCAGGAACUGGAUUUACAGUGAAUGUGAAUAUUAAUCAAAAGGUACAAUUGGUAUACCUGUUGUUAUUUUAUGUUUGGAGGGGGGUCCAAACACAAUAAAGACAAUGGUAGAAGGAGUUAGAAAAGGUACCCCUGCUGUUGUAAUUGAUGGUAGCGGUAGAGCGGCUGAUGUUGUAUGCUACGCCUACAAACAUCUAACAUUUGACAAAGUUAUUAAAUCAACAAUUAUUAAUCCUCAAUAUAUAGACGACAUUAAGCAAAAAAUUUCAGAGGUUUUUGGACAGAAUAGCAAAGAAAGCGUUUAUAAAGAGAUUGAAGAGCUUUUGAAAGAUGAAAAAAUGAUCACCGUAUUCAGAAUGGAUGAUGAAAGUGGCCAAUGCGAUAUGGAUUUAGCAAUUUUAAGAGCACUUCUUAAAGCAAACAAAGCAAGUUUUGAAAUGCAGUUAAAGUUGGCAUUGGCUUGGAACAGGAUUGAUGUUGCUAAAAGUGAAAUUUUUACUGAAGAUUUAAAGCAAGAUCAUUUUAAAGUUGAGUGGCUCUAUGAAUCAAUGUUUACUGCACUUUCUGAUAAUAAACCAGACUUUGUGGAAUUAUUUUUUGAGGAAGGCUUAAAUUUAAAAUUUUAUUUAAAGAUGAACGAAUUACUAAACUUAUACAAUGGGGUACCUAAUGGAACUGCUUUGCGACAUCUUAUGAAAAAAUACAUGGGUGACGCAACUGAAAUUUAUGACAUGAUAGUAAUCGGAUCAGUUAUUGAGAACUUGAUGGGAGAUCAUUUCAGAUCACGCUACAGCACAGAUUAUCCAUAUUGCCAAUCAAACUAUGAAAAAUCAAGUGAAAUGCACCUAUUAAAAAACACAAGUAAUAAAGAUCUCCCAUCACCCUAUUUGGAUUUGUUUACAUGGGCUGUUCUUUUGAAUAGAAAAGAAUUAGCAUAUCUUAUAUGGAAACGUACUCGAGAUAGCAUUGCAACUGCUCUUAUGGCUUCAAAGCUUUUAAAAAGUUUAGCUGAGAAAGUUCAAGAUAACAAAGAACUGUCUGAUAUGGUUGAGGACAUCAUACAACAUGCAGUAUUUUAUGAGAACUUAGCUGUAGGUGUAUUAGAAGAGUGUCGAAAAGAUAAUGAAGAAGAAGCUCAAACACUGCUUGUUAAAGAAAUACCUGAGUUUGGAUUUCUUAGCUGUCUUGAUAUUGCUGUUUCUGCAAAUAACCAGGAUUUUAUAGCGCAUUCUAGUUGUCAAACAUUACUCAGUAGAUUAUGGAUGGGCGCUCUUUAUAUAAACACCUCUCUUUGGAAGGUUUUACCUUGCAUAUUUUUUCCCUUUUUGAUAAAUAUAAUAAUUUGGUUUCGGGAAGAUAUGGAAAACAAAAGUAUUGAUAUGCACAGAAAAAGUGUAAUCUCAUAUGAUAAUACUGCUAAAGAGGUGCACACUGAUGCUUUAAAUGAUCUGAAUAAUUUAAAUCAAUCGAAAUGUUCACUUCAAAAAAGUUUUUAUAGCGCUACAAAAGAAGAUAUAUUUUCAGAUGAGAAAAAAGUACUUCAUGAUUUUGAUGAUGAGCCUGAAGCUUUUAGUGCACAUGAAAAACAUGGUUUCUUUUUAAAAAUGAUCCACUUCUACAAUGCUCCAUUUGUUAAGUUUAUUGUUAAUUUGAUUUCUUAUGCAUCAUUUUUGGCUCUUUUUGCAUUUGUUAUACUUUUACAUUUUCGAAUUGAAAUCCACAAUUCUGAGUAUGUUUUACAAUUCUGGGCAUUUACUUUAUUAUGUGAAGAAAUACACCAACUCAUUAUUGGAGAAUCAGAUACAUUUUAUGGAAAGAUGACAAUCUACUGUUCUAAUCCUUGGAAUACAUUUGAAAUUCUUGCAUUAAAUGGCUUUUUGUUGGGUACUAUAUACAGAUACCUUGCAAAUAAAUAUUUGAACUUUAACUAUCUUAUUAUUGCUAGAAUUAUAUAUGCUUUUGACAUAAUGAUUUUCAUAAUCCGUAUGUUAAAAAUUUAUUCUGUUAACAGAAACAUGGGACCAAAGUUAGUAAUGAUAAGGAAAAUGUUACGUGAUCUGAGUUAUUUUUUGAUGAUUUUUGCUGUUUUUUUAAUUGGAUUUGGUGUUGCUCAGCAAGUACUUUUACACCCGAAUUCUCAACCAUAUAAAGCAUUUGUUGGAAUCUUUAAUCAUCCUUAUUGGUAUAUUUAUGGUCAAUUAAAUUUUGAUGAAAUAUUUGGUGAUAAUUCAACGUGCAAUGGCGAAGGACCUGCAUGUUAUCAACAUGACGCAGAUGAUUAUGUGUUUUACAUACUUCCGCUAUGCUUGGCUGUUUAUUUGAUAUUUACUAACAUCUUAUUACUUAAUCUACUGAUUGCAAUAUUUAAUUAUACAUUUAGCAAGAUAAUAGAAGAUUCUGAUAAAGUUUGGAAAUUCCAAAGAUUUGAUUUGAUUUUAGAGUUCCAUAAUCGUCCAGCAUUUUGUCCCCCAUUUAUUAUUAUUUCUCAUUUAUAUUUACUCAUUAAAUGGUUUUUGAAGAUAUGCUUCAAUCCUAGUGCUGCUAAAAGUUCCUCAAUGCGCAUUCACCUUUUUCCUGAGGAAAUGGAGCAGUUGUUACUUUGGGAGCAUACAGCUGCUGAGGCAUUCUGUUAUAAAACCACAAUAAAAGAAGCAGAGACACAAGAUGAGAGAGUUAAAAAUAUUUUAAAUAGAGUCAAUCUUUUGGCAGAAAAAGUAGAUUUGCAAAGGAAUGAUUUUAAAGAAAGCUUUAUGCAUGAGCAUAAUUCUAAAGAUAUUAGUGAAAGUGUUGAGUUACGACUUUCGAAGGUUGAGCAAAAUAUGGAAAAGAUUUUAGAACUGUUAAUUCAACAAAAAGAAAACCACGGAGUGGUUUCUGAUGCUAAUGAAAACAACAACUCACAUCAUUCUGUUCAAAGUUUGAUAACAAACAUUCAUACUAAGUCUCGUCUUUCACCAUAUCCUGGUUCGACAAUACAUCGAUUUAAAGUUCCUGAUGAUUUAGUUUCUUGGAAGACUGCAUUUCCUGAGUAUUCCCCUGUUCUGUAUACAUCUCCUGUUGUUUUAAAACAGCCAUAUUGGGCUGAUAUUGAUUUGAUGACUCUGAAUCCCAGACCAAAUUUAUGUUUCAAUACGUAUGAUGAACAAGCGCAAGUUAAUCGCGUAAGUCAUUGUGGAUUAUAUGAAAUCAUUGAUGGAUUACCAAGAAAUCCAUAUGGCAGAACAGGUAUUGUUGGUCGAGGUAUUCUUGGACGAUUUGGACCAAAUCAUGCUGCAGAUCCUAUUGCUACAAGAUGGAAGCGAAAUAGCUCAGGAAUUCUUUUGGAUAAUGGAAAAAAGGUUUUAGAGUUUAUUGCAAUUCAACGUCGUGAUAACCAACAAUGGGCAAUACCAGGGGGUAUGGUUGAACCAGGAGAAAAGAUAUCUGAAACACUUAGAAAAGAGUUUGCUGAAGAAGCUUUAGCCAAGUUAGAGAUGAGUGAAGAUAAACAAAAAGAAAUUUCUGAUAAAAUUACUUUUCUGUUUAGAAAUGGCAUUGAGGUGUACAAAGGUUAUGUCGAUGAUCCUCGAAAUACAGAUAAUGCUUGGAUGGAGACUGUAGCAUAUAACUUUCAUGAUGAUACAGGAGAAGUAUUUGGAGAGCUUCAGCUACAUGCUGGGGACGACGCGCAAGCUGUAAGAUGGCAACGUGUUAGCGGAAAUAUACCAUUAUUUGCAAGUCAUGUAGGUAUCUUACAAAAGGUAGCAAGUAUUCAUUCAGCUGCAUUUAAUUAAAGUGUUCAAUUUUUCUUACAUGAAAGUUUUGACGUUGAAAAUAAAAUCUAUUAAUGAUAUCAAAGUCAAUAAUCAAAAUGCAACGUUUUAAACGCUGCUACAACGUUCUGAACUUACUUAGUUUGUCUAAUGUCAUUUAUUCAUCAUUAAAGAACCAACGUCAGUUGUUUACACAUUUGAUGUAACUAAAGAUUCGAACUUCGUAGCAAAAUGUACGUUUUUUACUAAACCAAAAAUUUUAGAGAGAGAUUAUAUAUUAAAUGCCGUUGCAUACAUCCAUAUAUACAUAAAUGCAUACAUGCAUAUACAUGCAUAUACAUACAUACAUACAUAC